GAUAUAUUAUGACUCAAUUUAGUCUUUUAAUCAAUGCUUUGGAGAGUCUACUUCAUAUAGUAUAGAUCUAUCUAGUCAAUAAAGAUCUAUCUAGAUUCUAUCUAAAAUCCAGAACUAGAUCUAAUUUAAAUUUAGAUUGACUCGAGACCUAUAUUACCGAGUAUGACAAUGGACUCUGUUUUAGAUAAUUUGUUUUCUGCUAUUAUUCGCACCGAAAACGAAGCUGAACAAGAAAAAAAGCUAUGCAAAGAAGGUUUUGGUUUAAAUCGAAAGACAAUAUAGAAAGUCAGCAAACAAAAUUGGUGGAUCUUACAUUGGCUGCUGGAGAACUCCGACAAAAAAUUGAGAAUUUGGAAGUUUGCUACAACAAAUCCAGUGCCACGGUGAGUGUGCUGAAGUUAACAGAGGAGUACUUUGGAGGCGUGCUACAACAGAUACAGCAAGAAAUUAGAGAUAACACUGACAAAUUGAACUCAGACACUAGCUCAAAGUUACACAAUUUUAUUGGAACUAUUGAUGACCUCCAGGAAGGUCUUUGUAGCGGACGAAAUGUAACAGGCUUUCAUGAAUUGUCAGAACAUGUUGACAUUCAGACACAGUUGUUGGAAUCAGAAAAUGCCACAGACUGCCAUCAUGAAAUGAAAGAUGACCAGUAUACCGCACGUCGUCAUGAGAUGGUAACCUUGUCUGAUGGUCUUCAGAGGCAAAUAAUCGAAACUGAAAGACUGUUAAGUCAAGAAAGGGAAGCCAUUGAGAAACUAAAACAUGAGAGACGAACUCUGCUAGAAGAACCCAAAUCAGGCGAACAAUUUAAAAAGUUACAAUUCAAACUUGAACGACAUAAAAUUUGUCAAGAUUAGAAUGUCUGCCAAUUUCACAACUUGUUCAAGUUGAAUUUAUAGACAGACUUUUUUUUUUCAAUGACAUGUAGACUGUCACAUUUUAGUCUAUACAAUAAAUGGACACACACUUCAUGUCAUGUGUGUCUUGGUUCAUU